AGAACUACAUUGUGGAAAACAUGAAGUCAGAAAUGGCCCAGCUGCAGCAGAACGCUGUUCAAAAUCACACAGCCACCAUGCUGGAAAUAGGAACCAGCCUUCUCAGCCAGACAGCAGAACAGACAAGGAAGCUCACAGAUGUUGAAACACAAGUUCUUAAUCAAACAUCCCGGCUUGAAAUCCAACUGUUGGAAAAUUCCUUAUCUACUUACAAGCUGGAGAAACAAUUGCUCCAACAGACCCAUGAAAUCUUGAAAAUUCAUGAGAAAAACAGGCGAGUAUAAAAUGAAUAGCAUGAUCUUUGAA